ACUAGGUGGCAGCAUCAGCCGUCAGCGCCUCCAUCCAGCACUUGUGCAGUUCCGGUUGUGGCCCAGCAGGGGGGGCGGUAGCCGCGGCCCGGGCUGUGUGUGUGGCGGUGCGUCAGUAGUGAGUGGUUCCUCCGGUGGGUGAGUGCGGAUGCCCCGGUUGCCCGGUUGUUGCCCCGGAUAGAGGCCAAAUCUGGAUUCCCGGCGGGGGCGGCGAAUCGCCCAGUUCUCCCGGGAGAAGCUGCUGGAGCGGCGGGGCAAGAUGUUCUCCAAGAUCACCUCUAUCCUACAGCAGGCCGUGGAGGCGCUUGCGCCCUCGCUGCCCCUACAAGAAGACUUUGUCUAUCACUGGAAAGCCAUCACCCAUUACUACAUCGAGACGUCCGAUGACAAGGCCCCGGUGACGGACACCAAUAUCCCCUCCCACCUGGAGCAGAUGCUGGAUAUCCUGGUGCAGGAGGAGAACGAGAGGGAGUCGGGGGAGACGGGACCCUGCAUGGAGUAUUUAUUGCACCAUAAGGUGCUAGAGACCCUGUACACCCUGGGGAAAGCCGACUGCCCCCCGGGAAUGAAGCAGCAGGUUCUGGUUUUCUAUACAAAACUUCUAGGAAGGAUCCGGCAGCCUCUUCUUCCUCACAUCAAUGUGCACCGACCAGUACAGAAACUGAUCCGGCUCUGUGGGGAGGUCCUGGCCAAUCCGACGGAGAAUGAAGAAAUCCAGUUCCUGUGCAUCGUCUGUGCCAAGUUAAAGCAAGACCCCUAUUUGGUCAACUUCUUCCUUGAGAACAAAUCCAAGGCGUCUCAGUCCGUGGGUUACACCAACAGCGCCCCGGGAGCUCCGGGCAGUACCCAGCAAGAGAUGGUGGAUGACACCGGGCAGCCGGUCCCCCCUGGGGCAGAGAGAAGUGUCGGUGCCAACGCAGAGCUCGGCAGUGAUCCCGUAUCCUCGUCAGGUGACCUGAAUCCUUCCGCGACAUCAGAAGCGUCGGCCAAUCACAUUCAGCAGGAUUACAAUUUGGUGAACUCCUUGUUAAACCUCACAAAAAGUCCGGACGGGCGCAUUGCUGUAAAGGCCUGCGAGGGGCUCAUGCUGCUGGUGAGUUUGCCCGAGGUGGCGGCUGCCAAGUGCCUAACCCAGAGCACCUGUCUGUGCCAACUCCUCACCGACCGCCUCACCUCCCUGUACCAGGCUCUGCCGCACUCCAUAGACCCUCUGGAUAUAGAGACAGUGGAGGGCAUCAACUGGGGUCUGGACUCGUACAGCGUUAAGGAAGACGCCUCGGCAUUUCCCGGGAAAAGAGCCCUCAUUUCCUUCCUGUCCUGGUUCGAUUAUUGCGAUCAGCUCAUCAAAGAAGCGCACAGGAUCGCGGCCUCGGCCAUGGCCAGAAGCGUGCGGGAGAGAUUCCUUGUUGGCGUCAUGGAACCGCAGCUCAUGCAGACGUCUGAGAUCGGCAUUCUAACAGCUACCGCUCUGCUCCAUCGCAUUGUCCGGCAGGUCACGUCCGACUCCCUCCUGGAACAGAUCGUCUACUUCCUGCUCGGGGAGCACCGGGAGCCGGAGACGCUGCGAGACGUGCAGAAAAGCCCCCUGCGCCACCGCCUGAUAGAGCACUGCAACCAUAUCUCCGACGAGAUCAGCAUUAUGACCCUCCGGCUGUUUGAGCAUCUCCUGCAGAAGCCCAGCGAGCACAUCCUGUAUAACCUGGUUCUGCGCAACCUGGAGGAGCGGAACUACACCGAGUACAAACCCCCGUGCCCCGAGGAUAGAGACAUAGUGGAGAAUGGACAGAUCGCGGGGGCAGUAGAUUUAGAAGAAGACCCCAUAUUUACAGGCUUGUCCCCAGAAAACACCCUCUCCAAAGAGUGGCUCAGCGCCUCGCCGCCAAUUACCCCCGAUCAUCAACGGACCGACGGCAAGACGGAAGUGCAUAAGAUUGUAAACAGCUUCCUCUGCUUGGUCCCCGACGAGGCAAAAUCUUCAUAUCAGGUGGAGGGCACAGGAUAUGACACGUACCUCAGGGAUGCCCACCGACAGUUCCGGGAAUACUGUGCAAUCUGCCUGCGGUGGGACUGGCCGGGGGCGGCCAAAGCAAUCGAGAAGUGCAAUUUGGAGGCGCCUUUCUUUGAGGGCCACUUCCUGAAGGUGCUGUUUGAUAGGAUGGGCAGGAUCCUUGAUCAGCCCUACGAUGUCAAUUUACAAGUAACGUCGGUGCUGUCCAAGCUGUCCCUGUUCCCCCACCCGCACAUACACGAGUUCCUGUUGGACCCCUAUGUCAACCUGGCGCCCGGAUGUCGCUCUCUGUUCUCUGUUAUAGUCAGGGUGGUUGGAGACCUCAUGGUGAGAAUCCAGCGAAUCCCAGAGUUCACCCCGAAACUCCUGCUUGUGAGGAAGCGAUUGUUGGGCAUUGAACCCGAUGGGCCGAUGGUCGACCACAUGACACUAUUGGAAGGGGUGAUUGUACUGGAGGAAUUCUGCAAGGAGUUGGCCGCCAUCGCUUUCGUCAAGUUUCACAGCUCCAGCAGCCCAUAGCGCCCCCCAGUGUGGAUUUUACAAACCGCAAGACCAAAUUUUACUUUUCCGUUCUUUUAUCUGUUUUUUUUUUUUUUUUUGUGCAGCAAAACAUUUAGAAAGACUGACGCCAUGUUGGAUGGAAAGGGAAGCUGAUUUGUUUCUGUAGCGAUCAUUUGUUUUUUAGCGGCCGCCGCUUCUACCUUCGUCCCAACGGGGGGCGGGUAGAUUCCAAGGCUCAAGCAGAAGGGUCUUAUGGGAAAAUACGCAUAUUCCCUUUAUUAAAGGGGAAGCGCUGGAUUUCCUUUAUUUGGUUACCUUAAGUGUUUUUAGAAACUUUUAAGCUACUGGAGACAUCUGCACUUCGCAAAGGCUCGUUGCUUCGUCACCCAAUCAGCGGACUCGGAUUUUACUCUUUUUUUUUUAAACUGCUUUUAAUGGAAAUAUAAAUGUUUACGGCUCACACACUGAAAACAGUGCAUUUAUCUUCGUUGGGUGUCAGCCGGACCCCUUUAACCCCAUCACUGCCAAGAGGACUUUUACAAAGAGACACAAGUAUAUAACCCACUGAGGGACACGGAAGGAACCAGAACCUCCGGUCCGGGUACCGAGCAGCUUUGUGCCCUGCCACAUUCACCAAGGACACUGGCUCGGCGUACGGCAUGUGUUCCUGAGUAUUAUUUUAUAUCCCUGUGCUCUGGAGAUGCUGCUAAUUAGUUGGAGCGCCACUAAGACUAAAACCUUAUUAAUUCCUAUUAGAAAUCAGUGCAAAUGGCGAGCAUUUUAUCCUUCCAUUACCGCGGGCAGGCGUCUGCGUCUUCUCUCUCUCUGCCCCAGCGGUUGUUUUAUUGUGAGACCUGCCCCAUCAGUCUCGUCGACCCCAUUAAUUCCUGUAAAAGUUGCUUCAAAACUCGGCGUCUGUCUGCGCUUUGCACCUCGUGGCGGAUAAAAAAAAGAGAGUGCAGAGAGUGCGCCAUUGGCCAGCGCUGUCCUUAUGGGCUGCCGUAGGGCACGUGCUUAGUACAGCGCUUAAGCUGCCCAUACACGCUCUGAUUUUAGUCUUUUUCCGUCAAACAUUGAAUGUAUGUUUUAAUACAACGAUCUAACAUUCAACCUGAAAUUGUAGGAUAAAGCCCUAAAAAUAACCAAUGGGGAGGAUGUUCUGAACAUGAACACCGAAAUUCAGUAACCCAGGGGGGCCAGACCUUUUUUGUCUGCGAUCGGCCAAUGACCCGGGGAUGUGGAAGUGAGGCGCGAAUGCGUACAUACACAUUCACGCAGCACUUCCGCAUCCCUGGCUUCAUCAUGGUCCACCAGAAAUCCACGGGGGAUCGACUGGUGGACAGUGAUCAACAUAUUUGUCACCCCUGCUCUAACCUGUCUGAUCGACUUAACGAGCAGUCGCCAUGCUACAAAAAUUUCGAGCCAACAAACGAAACGCGUUUCGCACAGUUAUAUCAGUGCGUGUAUGGGCAGCUUUAGAUGAGCCCUUCCGCUAACGUUCCCUAACUUGCACAUCUGGAUGAUGCCCAGGCUUAGGGGCAGCAGGGGGGGACCCCUAUGUGCCUUUCCCCUUCCACCCCUUAUAGAUACAGAAUGCAGGCAGCACAGUAUUUAUGGGGGCACUUGCAGAGACCUAUGGCAGAUUGCUCCUGUUUUUGCACUUUGCACCCUGCUUUCCACUGCGCCCCCUUGGACGCCCCAAUCAUUGCGCUGCCCGUAGCUGUGUGUUUCCUUCCUAUACAGGAUGUUUGUGUGCCCCUGGUCCUGUUACUUUCAGUACUGAGCGCUGCCGCUGCUCCUGUUGCUGCAGGGAUAGUGACGCCUUUAUAGAGACAUGGGAAGGCCCCACAACAGGAGCAGCAUCGCGUUCAUCUAUUCCCAUUUCCACUAGACAAAUACAAAAUAAGAAGGGGCUCUCUGUCCCUUUAUCUUCCACAUGUUUAUAAGAAAAAUGUUAUUUAAGUUAAAGAAAUGUAAAAUAAUCUAUUGCAGAAGUGAAUGUCACAAAUUUGUUGUAGAUUCCGGUCUUAUUUUAGCAGUAAAUCUCAGCUUUCUGUUUGUGCCGA